GCAGUCCAGCCCUCCUUACCUCUCCCUCUAGCUCCGACGCCCUCCUCUUCCUGUUUCCUACCUCCGUCCUGCUUUAUCAUCGGUCCCCAUCUAUUCUUCCAUCGCCUGCCUCUUCGGUCCUGUCUUUCUCUCCCCUGAUGGGACUCGUCCAUCAUUCGACGUUGUUGCUGCUGCUGUUGAGGUAGUGUGUGGUUGACGGGGCGUGGUUGGUCUUCAUAGAGCCCUCAUCGCCUGGCUGCAGUCAUGGCAUCUGCACAUCACUCUAGAAGGUCCAGGGAGGACGCUCGUCCCGAGAUGCCCAUUGGCCAUUACACCCGACUGGAUGAGAUCGGUCGAGGGAGCUUUGCCACCGUCUAUCAGGGUGUUCAUACGAAAACACGCACUUAUGUGGCAAUCAAAUCGGUCAACAUGUCCAAGCUUAACAAGAAGCUAAAGGAUAACCUUUCGUCCGAAAUCCACAUCCUCAAAGGGCUUUAUCAUCCCCAUAUCGUUGCUCUCAUAGACUGUCACGAGACAACAUCUCAUAUCCAUCUGGUGAUGGAAUACUGUGCCCUGGGGGAUCUAUCCCUUUUUAUCAAACGGCGCGAUAGCCUUGCGGAUCACCGAUAUACACGGGAUAUGAUCUCCAAGUAUCCCAACCCUCGUGGUGGUGCUCUCAGUGAAGUCGUCGUCCGCCAUUUUUUGAAACAACUUUCGAGUGCACUCAAAUUUCUUCGGGACCGGAACCUUAUUCAUCGUGAUAUCAAACCACAGAAUCUGCUACUAUGUCCCUCGCCUUCAUCCUACCGGAGUGGAAUGGCCCAGGUUGUUCCCUUCAGAGGCAGCGAAGACUCUUUUAGCCCUACAACGGGGCUAGAGUCGCUGCCUAUGCUUAAGAUUGCUGACUUCGGCUUCGCCCGUUCUCUCCCGUCCACCGCUCUUGCGGAAACCUUGUGCGGUUCACCUUUGUACAUGGCCCCCGAGAUUCUGCGGUACGAGAAAUACGAUGCCAAGGUAGACCUUUGGUCUGUAGGCACGGUACUCUACGAGAUGGUAGUGGGAAAACCCCCUUUUCGUGCGAGCAAUCAUGUCGAGCUACUCCGCAAGAUCGAAAAAGGCGAAGACAGGAUCAAGUUUCCUGAAGAGAACCCUGCAUCGGACGAGAUCAAGGCGCUUAUCAGAGCGCUCUUGAAGCGAAAUCCGGUGGAACGACUGAGUUUUUCAGAUUUCUUCGAGAAUGGCAUUAUUACAGGACCGAUCCCUGGUCUGCUGGCCGACGACAGUCCCUCGCGUCGGCGUUCUUCUGUUGAUCCAAUGGCUGCGCAACCGACAUCUCGGCCCGCGUCUCGGACUGGGCGUAGCACUCCCACGGCAACUAUCAGGGAAAGAGACGUGCCAUAUGUGGGGGGUCGGGGCGAGCCGUUGCCGCAUCCGGUUGCUCAACGGGCGUUGACACAAAGCCCUCGACCAGAGACUCCUCCAACGCCUAUGCGGAGGACUGGGAGUGGUGAUCGGCCUCUUUCUACCUCAAAGGUGCCAACGCCACCAGCUUCCUACCCGACAAGGCCGAGUCCAGUGUCUCUUGCAACGGCCCCAGCUCGCCAGGAGCUUGUCGACCGUGCUCCCACGACGACCACCACCACAGACCGACUACGGAGUCGUACGGCUUCUUCGGGAGUUCCUCAGACCGAUAAGCCUGUGGAUAAGGCCAAGGAUGCGAGGGAGAAUGCUGCACAAGAAGUGGCAUUUGAGAGAGACUACGUGCUUGUAGAGAAGCGUGCGGUGGAGGUGAACGCCUUCGCCGACGAGAUGGCAUAUAACCCUCGGAUGCAAGGUGCUCAAGCAGGCGCAGUUUCUCGUCGCCCGGGCACACCAACAGCCAAUGCGUCGUCGCCCCAAGCCUCUCCUAGUAAAGCUAUGCAAAUAAUUUCGGGGCGGUCUCGUGCGGAUUCGGCACACGUUCGUCAACAUUCCUACGAGCGUCGGUAUGGACAGAGCCCUACGUCGGCCACAUCGGCGAUUUCAAAGGCCCUCAAUAUGGCCAGUGGACGUCUGUUCGGAAUGAGUUUCUCCCCACCCAUGACCAUCACAAAAGGCGGACGCUCGCCUCCGUUGGCUUACAACCCAUUCCCGGCCUAUCCUAGUGCACAAGCUAGCUUGAUCGUCCUUACUGAUGGGUCCAGGCCCAGUGCAACCCUGGACGAAGACAGCAAGACGGUUCAUGAGCUGGAGGAGUGUGCGACCCGCAGUGAUGUGGUGUAUGGGUUUGCUGAAGUGAAAUAUAAGCAGCUGAUUCCAUUGGCACCAUCGGUUCAAACCGACCCUUCGGGAAAGCCCAUGCCGGACGUCGUUGAUUCGACCGACGGUGGGCUCACGGUCGAUGCCAUCGUGACCUUAUCCGAGGAAGCGUUGGUACUUUAUGUUAAGGCCCUGGCCCUCCUGGCCAAGUCGAUGGACAUUGCCGGUGCAUGGUGGACCCGCAGGAACCGGGGAGAGGCUUUCGGUGAGUCGGCAGUCAGCCGAGCUGAUGUCGCAAGCAAUCGGAUCAACAAUGUCGUCCAGUGGGUGCGCAAUCGAUUCAACGAGGUGCUAGAGAAAGCGGAGUUUGUCCGCCUCAAGUUGGUUGAAGGGCAGAAACGAUUGCCACCAGAUCACCCUAGUCACCCCAGCAAUCUUUCGAUCGGGUCGUCCGUAGGCUCCGGUGCAUCUACAGAUGUUGUUGUUAGCCCCGGCGUGACCGCAGAGAAGUUGAUGUAUGAUCGCGCAUUGGAAAUGAGCCGCGCCGCAGCGAUCAAUGAACUCACCGGGGAGGAUCUAGCCGGGUGUGAGAUAGCGUAUGUCACGGCGAUCCGGAUGCUAGAGGCCGUACUGGAAGACGAAGAACUGCCACGGCCAGGUCAAAGUAGCGGCGCUGAUAGAGGCGAUUCCCGGAGGGACAACGACAAGAUUAUGUUGGAUGGAGUCCAGGCGGAGGACCGCCAAGUGAUGGUUAAGCUGGUCUCCAGUAUGCGGAAUCGCCUGGCGGUGCUGCGUCAGAAACUGGCCCGGCUUUCGAAGCGCUACACGCCCCCGUCCAGUGGACCAGGCAAAAUGCCGCCGUCGAAUCUGGGCGCAACCCCUCCGAAAUAAGACGUUGGCCAUUAUCUACCUAUAAGCAUGCAGGCUCAUGCUCCAUCUGUUCCUAGCGUUCUGCUCUUUUCUUCUGCAUUUGUUCGCGUAUAUCUGAUGCCCGACUUUGGUCGGAGUUGCUAAUGCAGACAGAUGCAUCUGGACUACGACCCGCGCGGGCUGCUGC